GUACUCCGACAUGUGUGCAUUAUUUGUUGGAGAUCUAGACAUAAACACCCGUGUAAGCGUCCACCGAGUCAAUCUCACUGUCUAAUUGAGACGUGAGCGGUUGAGCGGUGAGUCCGAAGUGCGUCACCGGGCCCCCUCUCCCCCCGCCUCCCGCCGUCAAGUUCCGCCGCAGCGUCGGAGUCCAGCAGAGCCCGGAGAGGAGCAGCAUCGGCGCGUGUGGACGCUGGCCGGAUGGUUAAAUCCAACCUACAGACGAUUUUGAAUAGUCACUGUUUUGUUAGAGAAAAGGAGAGAAACGUGUCGGAGAUGCCUGUCAUCGAACAGUCCAGCACGAAACCCGAAAGUGAAAGUAUCUCCAGUCCCAGGAGGUUCCCCCACAGUUGCAGUAACCCGUGUCCGGGGCCUCUGUGGUGCUCCGAUGCCCCUCACCCACCCCUGAAGAUCCCAGGUGGGCGAGGGAAUGACCAGCGGGAUCGCAAUCUUUCAGCUAAACUAUUUUAUUCUGAUGCUCAGUUGCUGGUUCUUGAGGAGACUCCACCUGCCAACAGCCGAGUACGCUUCCUGCUCUUUGAGCCCCGGAGUUCUGAGGGCAAACCCUGUGUCUGGAGGGCGGCGCUGAAAGGAGGGAACCUGUAUGUGGAGAUCCCCCCAGGGGCUUUGCCAGAGAGCAGCAAAGACUGUUUUGCUCUUCUGUUGGAGUUUGCAGAAGAACGUCUACAGUCAACGCAAGUUUUCAUCUGUUUUCACAAGAACCGUGACGAUCGAGCAUCCCUGUUGCGCACAUUCAGCUUCCUGGGCUUUGAGAUUGUGAGACCGGGUCAUCCCCUCGUCCCCUCCCGGCCCGAUGCUUUAUUCAUGGCUUACAGCAUUGAACGAGAUUCCUCCGACGACGAUUAGCUGUUACCUACAUUAGUUGUCAUUUUUGCUUUUAACUGUCCAUUUUUAGACGGGAAUAUAUUCUUCAAGAACCCUGUGUUUGAUGAUCCUUUUCAGUUGUACGUGCCGUGUGUCAGUGGUAUAUUUGAGCUAGGCUCGUGUGUUUAUGUACCAGGAAUGUAAAGCAGUGCCCGUGUUCUAUCUGGGCCACACAUGACUUCAUGUGUAGUGACAACCUCCUUCCCUCCCUGGACGCCUACGCCGUCAUCUACACAGUAUAUCGGAAGUGAUGCUUGUUGUUUUUCUUAGCGUCAAUCAGUUCUAUAGUUGAGUUUUGAUUUUUAUUGUGUGCAUGGAAUCAAUUUGUUGCUUAAAUCAAAUGACCGAAAUCUGCAUGUUGUAACUGUACUUAAUAAAAGUGCUGACCCUGGA